AAUAAAGCCGCCCAGGAGGGAAGCCAGCAAACUCACAUGUCCUCCCACUUUGUUUUAUGCAGCUAAUUUGACUUUUACAGCUUCUUUUAGCACAUGUUCUGCUGUGAAACCCACAUGCUCUUUCUUGGUGGUAGUGCACACUCAUUAAGGAUCAUUUCCGUCUUUUUAAGCUGAAUUCGGACCAGAUUUUAAAGAAGAUGGAGCGAGGAAGAGCUGUGCGGUAAAGCAAGAGGAGGAGGAGGAGGAGGGUGCUCAUAGAGGAGAAGGAGGUCCAGAUUGGAAGGAGCAGGCUCCGCUGCAGAGAGGAGGAGGACCACGAGAGAGAAAGGGCAGCCUUGUGUGUGCGAUGAAAAACGCAGAGUAAUGGGAUUUUUUUUUCCUCUACGCCGGUGCAGUCAUGUAUUUUGGUCACAUGUGUCACGGUUCCCUGCCAGCACCGGCUCGUCCCGUGCCGGGCAGGACCCAGCCCUCCCCAGAGCUGAAAGCCCUCCUCCCCUUCCACCUGCUGCCUGGUUUCCAUGAUAUGGAUCGCAUCAACAAAUCCUUGAGUAGCUCAGGCCUGGGGCUAAGUUCACCUCUGAGGAGGAAGGUCAGUUCCUGCAGUGCCUGCCGACUGAGAUUCAACUCUGUGGCUCAAGCGUCUGCCCAUUAUAGCGGCACCAGGCAUGCAAAGAGGAUGAAAGCUCUGGAUGCCCCAGAUUCUAAGAUCAGGACCUCUGAACCAGUCACCAAGGAAACCGCAUCGCAACACCCCAGCUCUGACGCCACAUCAGAAGGUCCAAAUCCUUCUUCACAGUCAACACCCUUGAGCAGCUGUCCCUUUGAAGGGACCUCUGACCAAUCGCUGCCCCUCAGCCCGAGCACCUCAGAAAAUCACGGGCACAAAGACGCAGAGGCAGACGCUCCAGACGGAGAGACAGAAGAAGAGAAAGCGUUGCGGCUUCUCUACUGCUCGCUCUGCAAAGUGGCUGUCAACUCAGCCUCCCAGCUCCAGGCCCACAAAAGUGGUACCAAGCACAAGACAAUGAUGGAAGCCAGAAAUGGCGACGGAGCCAUCAAGUCAUUCCCGAGGAGCGGCGUUAAAGCCAAGAUGUCUGCUCCGCCAGAGUCAUCAACCGGCCUGCAGAACAAAACCUUCCAUUGUGAGAUCUGUGAUGUGCAUGUCAACUCAGAGACUCAGCUCAAACAGCACAUUAGCAGCAGGCGACACAAAGACCGAGCAGCGGGCAAACCAGCCAAGCCCAAGUUCAGCCCUUACUCUUCCACCCAACGUCACCAGAGUCUUCAGGCAAUAAGGCUGGCUCUUGGAAAACACCACGACGUGAGCAAACCCCUGGCGCCUUGUCUUCUGCAGAGACAAAUCUCCGUUGCUGCUGCAAUGGCAUCAUUGCCCACAUUUCCCCUCCAGCCUGCCACAAACUCCAGCCCCGCUCUGUUUCCCAGCCAGGCCCUUCCCCAGGCUCUACUUCACCCGGCCUCUGGGCCCAUUUGUCCAACACACACUUCAGUGCUGUUUUCCCCCUUCUGACUCCAACAGUGAUGAACCUCAGCGAGAAAGAGACCUACAAAUGUGAUAGAAAACAGCACACGGCAAGGAUGUUUGCCAGGAUUGAGAGAACAAACUGAAACACAACAACAAAAAACAACUAAUUAGUAUUUUCAGAUGAAAGUGUGCAGUGCAAACACAGAUGCAGCCGUCACACACGCUCAGUAAUCUCUGUUUAGAUGUAGUUUGAACAGAGAUGCAGAAUGGUGCUCUGCAAUGAUGGCUAUACCUGUGUGAGUGUUUUUCCAGACUUGUAUGCACAGUGACAGAAAAAGGGUUUGGACACGCUUGUAUGCAGUUUUACUUAGGCAAUCCUUCUAUACUGCAAAGGACCCUCUUCUUUCUCUUUUGACAGAUUUAAAAUACAUUUUAAAAAGUAGUUUGAACGCUUAACUCGUGUGCCAGUUGCACUUUAGUGCUACAGAUCGAGUAGCGACAGACAACAAGAUGGCACCCGAAUAUUAUUAGCCGGAACUGGAAAUUCAAGUUCUUCCCCCCAUUUCGGUCGGGAAAAAUAAAAAGACAAAUUUAACCGGCAGUUUGGCGACCCUAACAGCCACGUCUUUUUUUCUAUUUUAAGCUUCAAACCUUUAACACCGUAGUUGUCUCUGCCAAAACGUUGACAAAACUCCUUAUGCGAUGAACGGGAAAAGAGAAAAAAGUGGCUUUGCAGCGAUAAGUAACACUUUAAAGCGACUUUUCCGUGAUAUGCAACACAUUACUAAUAUAAAGUUUUGCAUAUCGGCGCAAAGCAACAGAAUAAACUGAUUCACACUGAUCGCAUUAAGGGUUGAAUGUUAUGCUAUUUGAAGGAAUGCAAACACUGGAGCUUAAACUCCGACUUAUUAGGGUUUACAAAUCUGAACACAUUUUUUUAUAUCAAUUUUAAAAGAAAGAAAACAAUUGCCAUUUUUGCAACAUUUUGAGCUCUUCUUGCGCGCUAAAACUUUAUUUUGUACUGAAAAGCGGCUAAAGUUGUGGAAUUUCCGCUUCAGGCUAAUGAUGGGCGCCAUCUUUUCUGCAGCCAGGUCCUCCUCAUAAUUUGUUUUACAUGUUCAUGAUUCAAUUCAUUUUACCAUUUGUUAUUAUUCACCCAAAACUAAAGAUUUUCAUGUAAUUUAUGGUUUAAAGUAAACAAAAAUGAAAUUAUUUUGUAAAAUUAUAAAUUCUCAUGUCAAAUAUGUAACAGAAACUUGAUGCAAGCACUAUGGAGGGGAGGAAUAAAUUGAUUAAUUACUUUUAUUUUUUAUCUUUUAACCCAGCUCUAACAAAAGAGGUUUGUGUUGAGGAUGUCCAAGCAUUUGUACUGUACAUUGGAAUGAAAGUUGAAGCAUGCUUGAUUAUUUUUAUAGUAAAAAAUUCACUGUGGACACUUAUUGUGAUCAAAAACAGUUCCUUUGUGUUUUAUAUAAUAAAGUUUUCUUAUAAGAUCA